CCUAAAAAAAGCUAUCGGGUCGAGUAAACGAGCCGAAAAAAUCUAACGCUGGGUUGCUUCUUCUUCUCCUUCUUCUUCUUCCUCGCUCUUGCGGCGCCUUCUCUCUCCCAAGCUCGCUGAGGUAAAAAAGCUUCAUCCAAUUUCUCCUUUCUCCAGAUCAAUUCUUGCUUUCCCUUACCUUUCUACUGGUUCCGUUUCCUGAAGAAAGUUUUCUCCCUUUUUCUUUUUCUUUUUUCCCAAAGGUUUGGUUCGUGUCGAUCUCAAAGCUCUGAGAUUCGAAUGACCUAAUUGUCUCUGUUCUUCUUAUCCUGGGAAUUUUGAAUCGUAUAUAGUCGGCAUCUACUUGCUGCGUCAAAUUUGAUUCAGAAACCCUAAUUUCGUGGGCCUUGUUGUGCAGUCUCACAAAUUUGCACACUCUCUCGGAAUCGUUCUGGAAAUUAGGGUUUCACGGUGGAAGAUUUGAUUUCGGCUGAUUUGUGGGCUUUCUGACAGUAUUAAUCGGGACAAGUGAAGAAAAAAAAGGCAUCAAUCAAUUUAGGGCAAAAUUAAGAGCGUGAAAUUAGGGUUUCUGAAGUAUAUGUAUGGCGUCGGAGCCUGUUAACGGAGGAGAAGGAAUCGAUGGAGCUAGAGAGAAGCAAAUCAUUAAAGUUUAUAAGAGGAAAGGCAAAGGUCAAAGAAAACAGUCGCCCUUCUUUGCCAUCGAGAAACCAGAGGGGAAUUUAGAAAACGACAAUGAUAACAAUGAUUUGAAUCCUCCUGAAACUCUAGCUCCAGAGUCCGUGGAUCCUAUAGUCUUGGUGAAGGAUUCUGUCCAAGAGGGGGCUAAUUCUCAGGAAGACAAUGCGGCUGGUAUAGCCAAAAACUCAACUCAAGCACGUUCAGACAGCCUGCCUGGUGAUGAAGUCAUUGACAAGCCUCUUGUGGAAGCUUUUUCUCAUGCCCAACCUCAGGAUGAUGCCACGGAUAAGAACGUUCCUUUGGGUCAGGAUGAUGUUGUGAACACUAUUGUAGGCGACAAGUCUGUAGAUGCACCCUCUGAAAGCCACAAAGCACAAGAUGAUGUCAAUACAGUGGUUGUUGAUGAAAACUCUAUCAAGGAACCUCCUAAAAGCCUUGCCCAAGAAGAAGAUGGUACUACUGUGAUCGUUGACAAGAACCCUAUUGAAGUACCUUCUCAUUCCCUAUCAGUGGAAGAUGUCAAUACACUUGUUGUUGAUAAGAAUCCCAUUGAAGUGUCUUCUGAGGAAUAUGUCCACGUGGUAGAUGCAGAUAAUCUGAUAAAAGAAGCUCACCCUGAAAAUCUUGUUGAAAGAGAUGCCACUGAUGCCCAACAGCCCGCAGGCCUUACCUCUGAUUCUGCUCACGCUACUGCUGCUGGAAGCAUGCCUAUGGAGGAGGACGCAGAUGGUCGUAUUAGGAUACAUGUAGCUUCCACAACGAAGCAACAGAAAGAGGAGAUCAGGAAGAAGCUUGAGGAUCAGCUUAACGUGGUCAGAGGUAUGGUAAAGAAGAUAGAGGAUAAAGAGGGUGAGAUUGGUGCAUACAAUGAUUCUCGUGUUUUGAUUAACACUGCUAUUAAUAAUGGUGGAGGAAGGAUUCUCUCUGGGUUUGCCUCAGCUGGACUUCCUCGUGAGGUCAUCAGAGCACCAAGGCCUGUAAAUCAACUAAGCAUAUCAGUGUUGGAGAAUACUCAGGGAGUCCAUGAGCAUGUGGAGAAAGAGAAAAGAACGCCCAAGGCAAAUCAGUUUUAUAGAACUUCAGAAUUUUUACUUGGUGACAAGUUACCACCUGCGGAGAGUAACAAGAAAUCAAAAUCAAGUGCGAAGAAGCACGGAGGAGAUGCUGGGCAUGGGUUUAGUGCAGGGUCUAAAGUUUUCAAGCAUUGCAGUGCUCUUCUUGAAAGGCUGAUGAAACAUAAGCAUGGUUGGGUGUUUAAUGCUCCAGUAGACGUGAAGGGUCUAGGUUUGCAUGAUUACUUCACCAUUAUCGAGCACCCUAUGGAUUUGGGAACUAUAAAGUCUGCGUUAACAAAAAAUAUGUACAAGUCACCAAGAGAAUUUGCAGAUGAUGUUAGACUUACUUUCCACAAUGCCAUGACUUACAACCCACCAGGACAAGAUGUUCAUGUCAUGGCGGAAACACUAUUACAGAUCUUUGAGGAAAGAUGGGCUGUAAUAGAGGCAGACUACAAUCGCGAAAUGAGAUUUGUCACUGGUUAUGAAAUGAAUCUUCCAACUCAUACAAUGAGGUCUAGACUUGGUCCUACAAUGCCGCCACCACCGAUUAAUGUGAGGAAUACGAUAGACAGAGCAGACUGGAGUAAUCGCCAACCAACUACAACACCUGGAAGAACACCAACUAGUGCAACACCUUCUGGAAGGACACCUGCUCUGAAGAAGCCAAAGGCCAACGAACCAAAUAAAAGAGAUAUGACAUAUGAGGAGAAGCAGAAGCUAAGUGGCCACUUGCAAAACUUGCCUCCAGAUAAACUAGAUGCAAUUGUACAAAUUGUUAACAAGAGGAAUACUGCUGUGAAGCUACGGGAUGAAGAAAUUGAGGUUGAUAUUGAUAGUGUUGAUCCAGAGACCUUGUGGGAGUUGGACAGAUUUGUAACCAACUACAAAAAGGGCUUGAGCAAGAAAAAGAGAAAAGCUGAGCUAGCUAUUCAAGCUAGAGCAGAAGCCGAGAGGAAUAGCCAACAACAGAUGGCUCCAGCACCAGCGGCACAUGAGUUUUCUAGGGAGGGUGGCAACACAGCUAAAAAGACACUUCCUACACCAUUACCUUCGCAAGUGGAGAAGCAAAACAAUGAGACAAGCAGAUCAAGUAGUUCAAGCAGCUCUUCCAGUGGUUCCAGCUCUUCUAGUGAUUCGGACAGUGACAGCUCUUCGUCAUCUGGAUCAGAUCGGACCUAGAGUCUAGUGUACAAGAGGGUUGAUGUUGACAAAUAUGGCGUUGGAAAGAUGGAGGUAGAGUAGAAGAGGAUUUGGGAGGUGAAGGAAGGAUGAUGACCGUACAGGCUUGGGGGCAGAGAAAUAUUAGAGAGUGGAUGGGUUUGGUUUUUUUAUCUUUGAUGGGAGGAAAAGAUUGUAUCAUAUUCAUCAUAUCACUGUUAGCGUAAAAAAGAAGAAGAAAAGUCUAUUAUUCUUAUUUUUUUUUUUUUUUGGGUUGACGUAGUAGGAUAAUGGCUGUGUUUGUCUACUUUAGAUGUAACCGUAGGGGUUGGGUUGGGUUUGGUGUCUCACUUUGUAUAUCUCUGCCUCUCACACUCUCUCUCGGUCUUUUGUUUUUAGCGGGUUUAGUUGGUUUGACUGCUUGAUCAAUUUAGUUAGGUGCUUUUGAAUCAAAGAUUCUGGAUUCUUAAAAACUUGUAGUAUUGUAAGCUUGUGAGUUUGUGACCCCUUUGUUA